ACGUUUUGCUAUCGGUCGGCGUUGGUGUAGUGUUCUUUAUUCUUGGUUUUUCAUGAAUGCGUUGAAAUCAGGGCUAAAAGUAGCCGUCACGUAAUCUUCCAACAUCUUAUCGUUGUGAAGAUAUUAAAUAUAUUUGAGUGAAAUGGAGAAUAUGUACGGUGUUGGAGUAACUAAUAGGUAUGAUCUUUUCCUCGAGGAAGAGGUCGAUCCUUUAGAAUUAUUGCAAAGCAAGGAGCAAGAAAAGGAGCUCCGAAAAAAGUCCAAAGUAGCUGAAAAAGAGAAUAAAGGAAAACCUGAAGCUAAACCUAAAACUGCCGCUAAUGUCCCCAGGAAGGGAAUUAAAGAAACUCCUAAUAAUAAAACUCAAGAGAUUAAAGCACGCGAAGACAAGGCAAAACCAUUGACUAAGAUUAACCCAGAGCGCAAUGAACGUGUGCCUAAAGUAGCCGGUGCUAAUCGGGAAGAAAGGAAUAAUAGACGCAAUCGUGAAGACCGCCCAUACAACCCUCCAGGUGAUAGGGAAGACAGGCCGCCCCGUAGAGAAUUUGGAGAUCGUGAUGUUGAGAGGAACAGAGCUUUAGGACCGAGGGGUGGUCGUGGAGGCAGAGGUGGUGGACGAUUUAAUGACGGACGCGGCAAACGCGAAUUUGAUAGGCAAUCUGGAUCUGAUAAAACUGGCAUUAAACCUGUUGACAAACGUGAGGGUGGUGGAGCUCACAAUUGGGGUACACAUAAAGAUGACAUUGCUGACUUGAAUAAAUCUGGACAAUCAGAAACUGAUCCCUUCUUAGAAAAUGACAAGGCCGAUGGAGCUCCUGCUUCUGAAAAUGCUGUGACUGAAAAUGCAACUGAACCGGAGACUGAAGGUGACAAACCAGCACCUGUUGAGGAGGAACCCAAAGAAUUGACUUUAGAUGAAUGGAAAGCACAAAAGGCAGCACUAAGACAAAAACCAAGUUAUAAUUUACGUAAAGCAGGUGAGGGUGAAGAUUUGAGCCAAUGGAAAAAAAUGUACGCCUUAGACAAGAAAAAAGAAGGUGAAGAGGCAGAAACUGAUGAGGAAUUGGAAUAUGAUGCAGCUGAUUAUCCCCAAAGAGUUGGACGUCAAAAACAUAUAUUAGAGAUCGAAUUCACUUUCAAUGAUGCACGACGUGGUGGUGGUGGUGGUCGUGGAAGAGGCCGUGGCAGAGGAAAUAUGGGAGGACGUGCUGACCGCCCACCUCGGCCAUUCAAGAAUGACGAUGUUGUUGUGGAUGCUGUGGAUGCCCAUCCAGUAGAUCGUGAGUCAACUUAUGGCGGCCGUGGCAGACAAAAUGCCCCAAAAGUGGAUGAUGAACACGAUUUCCCAUCCUUGGGUUAAUGCGUCAUUGUCUCCACCAUCAACACCCAAAUGGAUUGGUAUAUUCUCAUACCAUAUCAUAGUCUGAUUAAAAUUGGAAUGCCUUUUGUUACCGGUUGCUAGUUAUUGCUACACUUGAUUUUAUUAUCCUAAGUUAACAAUACUGCAACUGAUGAUUAUAAAUAUAAGAUUACAUUUGUUUAAAUUGUUUCUACAUUUUAAUCAGUAAUGUUUCAUUAAAGUAUCUGCUAUUUCGCUUUCAUUAUUAAUCUUACUAUUCAU